AUGGUGUUGGUUUCGUGGGAUAUGGUGAUGGUGUUGGUUUGGUGGGAUGUGGUUAUGAUGAUGGUUGAGUGGGAUGUGGGGAUGGUGUUGGUUUGGUGGGAUAUGGUGAUGGUGUUGGUUUGGUGGGAUGUGGUUAUGGUGAUGGUUGGUUGGAAUGUGGUGAUGGUUGGGUGGGAUAUGGUGAUGGUGAUGGCUGGAUGUAAUAUGGAGAUGGUGAUGGGUGGCUUUGUUGUGGUGAUGUUAAUGACUGAAUGUGAUAUGGAGAUGAUGAUGACUGAAUGUAGUUUGGGGAUGGUGGUGGGUGGCUUUGUUGUGGUGUUGUUAAUGUCUGAAUGUGAUACGGAGAUGAUGAUGACUGAAUUUAAUUUGGGGAUGGUGAUAUUCGAGUAUAUUGUGGUGAUGAUGACAUCUGAAAAAUAG